ACGAGUGGAUACGAUGGUCUACGUACAAAAGAUUCCAGAGGAUAAAAGCCAUUUUGAUUUGUCGUUUUAAUGCCUUCCAUUUUUAAAAAGAAAGAUUACUAACGCCGACUCUCUAAAACUCUCUCAAACCAUAAAAAAUAUUCUCCGAUCAUCAUUUUAAUGGAGAGUACAGAUUCUUCCGGUGGUCCUCCGCCGCCGCAACCAAACCUCCCUCCAGGAUUCCGGUUUCAUCCAACAGACGAAGAACUUGUAAUUCAUUACCUCAAACGCAAAGCAGAUUCUGUUCCUUUACCAGUCGCGAUCAUCGCCGACGUUGAUCUUUACAAAUUUGAUCCAUGGGAACUUCCCGCGAAAGCUUCGUUUGGAGAACAAGAAUGGUAUUUUUUCAGUCCAAGAGAUCGGAAAUAUCCCAACGGAGCUAGACCUAACCGAGCUGCGACUUCCGGUUAUUGGAAAGCGACUGGUACAGAUAAACCGGUGAUUUCAACCGGCGGUGGUGGUAGUAAAAAAGUGGGAGUUAAAAAGGCUCUAGUGUUUUACAGUGGUAAACCACCAAAAGGAGUUAAAUCAGAUUGGAUUAUGCAUGAAUAUCGGUUAACUGAUAAUAAACCUACUCAUAUUUGUGACUUCGGCAACAAGAAAAACUCUCUCAGGCUUGAUGAUUGGGUGUUGUGUCGUAUCUACAAGAAAAACAAUAGUACAGCAUCUAGACAUCAUCAUCAUCUUCAUCAUAUUCAUCUAGAUAAUGAUCAUCAUCGUCAUGAUAUGAUGAUUGAUGAUGAUCGAUUCCGUCAUGUUCCUCCUGGUCUUCACUUCCCGGCGAUUUUUUCUGACAAUAAUGAUCCGACGGCUAUAUAUGAUGGUGGCGGCGGCGGAUACGGAGGUGGAAGUUACUCGAUGAAUCAUUGUUUCGCAUCUGGAUCAAAGCAGGAGCAGUUGUUUCCACCGGUGAUGAUGAUGACUAGUCUAAAUCAAGAUUCCGGUAUUGGAUCGUCGUCGUCACCUAGCAAGAGAUUUAACGGCGGCGGCGUUGGAGAUUGUUCGACUUCUAUGGCGGCGACGCCGUUAAUGCAGAACCAAGGUGGGAUUUACCAAUUGCCUGGUUUGAAUUGGUAUUCUUGAAAACAAUUUACGAUGAAGAAUUUUUAAAAUUUGUGUAUAUAUAUACGGUUUGAGUGAUUAGGGGGCAUUGGGGGAUUUAUUUACGGUUGAUUAUUAUUGUAGUGUUAUAGAACUAAGGAGAUUAAAUUAAAUAGAUUGGAGGAGAGGUAUAAGGUAACAUAUAGAAAUUAUACAACAAUAGUUUAAAUAUUCUUUUCUUUUCUUUUUCAUGUUAUUAUUUUUACUAAUGUAUAGGUGAUGAUUAUACUUAGAUGUUUGUAGCUUGUAUAAAUUAAUGCAUGCAUAUAUAUAAAAAUAUAUUAACAGUUAUAGAAACUAGAUUACCCUUGUGCUUUUCUUCAGCUAUUUAUUUUCAGUACUAUCAGCUUCAACAUUCGCAUGUUUUGCUGCAAAUUUUAUUUUUUAAAAACAUGAUUUUAAAGUGACAUCAGAAAUACUAUUUGGUAGAAGACCCUAACUUAUAAGAAACAGACGAUAAUGAAACUAUCUGGCGGAGCUUUUAUUUGACUUUGUCGAAAACAUGUUCGGAACCAAAUCUUGGCAAUCAAAAUAAGUGGAGAUAAAAGAUACGACAAAG